UCUUCCGCUCCCCUGUCGGAGCUCCGCGCAGCGGCACUAAGCCGCCCAAGGGGCAUUGACGGACGUGUGAUGGGCUGGCCCGCAGGAGCGAAGCGUCGCUGUGGCCUUGGCCUGACUCCCAAGGCGGGACUCCGGAGGGGAGAAGUGUUGGGCGCGAGCGGUUGAACGGCGUCGGCGUUGGCCCGGCUGGCGCGGGCCCUGCCAUGGCCGAGCCCGGGGAGCCGCGGGCUGCCUCGCCGCCCCCGCCGUCUGGCCCGUGGUCUCCGGACGCCGCAGCUCCGCGCGCGGGCGGCGGCCGCCCGGAGGACCGGCUGCAGCUGGUGGAGCUGCAGAUCGGAGCCGCAGCGUUUUCAUUAAGCAAACUUCUGGAAGCCACGUCGGCAGUGUCAGCGCAGGUGGAAGAGCUUGCCUUCAAAUGUACAGAAAAUGCGCGCUUUCUUAAAACGUGGCGGCACCUCUUGAAAGAAGGCUACGAUUCUCUGAAGUCUGACGGCUGACCCGUCCUGCUUAGGUGCUUGGAUAACGACUGUGCAUCCAUGCCCGGUUCCUCAUGGGGGGUAUUUGCACAUAGGUCUAUGUAUGUCCCACACGUAUGGCUGAGCUCUCCCUAGCAGGCCCUGUACACUCAGAACGGCUUCUUGUUAUUGAAAUUCUGCUUGGUUUUCUUGACUUUUGUGAAAGCAGAAUGCUGAUACUGUUUUUGAUGCCAGCCAGAAUUUGCUUAGCUUCAAUACCUGUGUCCUCUAAAUUUUAUGGAAUCCUGUAUGCAAAUAGGUUUCAUCAGGUCACUAGUGUUAAUGCUGCCACUGCUGCCAGUGUGAAUCAGGUGGACCACCACACGGUUUCCGAGAGGACGCCAAGAACAGCAGUGUUUGAAGUUGAGCUGCAUCUCAGGGACCAUUGGCAAUAAGGGACGGAAAGCGCACCUUUCCCUGGCCCUCUAAAGAGAAGGCUACGGUCCUUUGAAGACUGACCUUGCCGGUGGCACUUGGAGCUUCACUAGCCAAGCUCUUCAGAGCUAACGGUUGUUUUACUUCUGUGUCAGCACCUAAAGCAGUGGCACACAACAUCAGUGUUGAAUAUGAGCUGGCAAAUGUAAUUCAAACCUAUUUUUUUCUUCCUAUUUAAAAUUUGUGUUUGAGAUGGAGAGAGACAAGGAGGGUGCCCCCAUCUCCUGGCUCACGCCCGGAAUGCCUGCAGUAGCCAAAGCUGGGAGCUGGGAACUCACUGGAGGGCGCCCACGUGGGUGGCAAGAACCCAAUUACUUGAGCCAUCAUUGCUGAUGAUGAGAAUCCACGUUAGCAGGAAGCUGGAGUCAGGCGCCAGAGCCAGGAGUGACAGCCAGGCCCUCCAGUGCAGGGUGCGGGCGCCCUAACGGAUGUCUUACCCACUAGACCAAACACCUGCCCCCUUCAGUUUGCAGCACGAGGACAGUAAUUGUUUCUCUAAAAAUAGGCUGAACCACAGUGUCAUUGACUUAGAGGGAAACAUUCUCUUUGUGUGGAGCUUUGUAUUUUGAUGAUAGCUUGUAAAAAUAUAUGAAAUAAUUUUGCUCUCCUGUGAUGCUUUAUAAAAGCCUUUAGGAAACCAAAGCCCACUGAGAAAGGGUGCAUAUUCUCCUUAUUUAUUUCUAUGGUUAACUGCUUUCAUAGUUAGUAUUUCUUGUAUGUGAUACUUUUCUGUUUUACCACGGUCUUGAAAGUGCCUUAUCAGGUGGAUGGCUUUGUGCUGUUACUUUUUGAAGCACUGCGAGUGAUUUCUGCAGUAUUUCUAGACAGUUACUUUGUUGCCAGUGCAUCCAAUUUGAAUGCUGUGAUUGUUUCCAUAUUCUUUGACCUUAGUGACAGUGUUCUAUUUUAUUUAUCCUGUAGCUUACUUUGCUUUUUGUUGUUUUGUGACAUGUGUUAAUCAGUCAGCUACUUUUCUUCUUUAAUAGAACUCGUGGACAUCUCUGACUGGACAUCUUAAUUUUGUAUAUGAGGAAUUUGUACAGAACUGUAUUGCCGGGCCUCACAGUGGGCCACUGAACAGGGACGCCAGGAUGGACAAAGAUAGUUCUGUUUAGCACAUAAGGUCACAGUUCUUGAUCAGUGUUUUUAGUUAAAGAUCACACAUAUGAUGUGAUAUCUAUACCAAAGAGAUGCUUAUUUGAGUAUUAGAAAAAUAUUUUUCUUCAAAGACUUGAAAAUGUACAAAAAUAAAUUUCAUUUCUGCUUCUUUGA